AUAGUACAUGCAGGUACUCCAAGCGCGCAGAGUCGAGGAACUGUUCCGAAUCGUGGUUUAAGAAAGCAGCGUCCCGGCUUGCGACGGCUCUAUUCACUCACCAUGUCGACGAACGGCAGCAAUGCUUCUCCACAACCGCGGUCCCAAGCCGGCCAGCACACGCGCACAUACCAGGCGUGCAUCCCAUGUCGCAGGCGCAAAGUGCGAUGCGACCUAGGCCCCGUCGAUCAUCCACACGAGCCCCCCUGCGUUCGUUGCCGUCGUGAGAGCAAAGAAUGCUUCUUCUCAGCCACGCGCCGCAAGAGAAAGGCAGACGGCGAAGACGAGUUUGACGAAGUCGACGAGUUCGAAGUCCGCAAUGGCAGGAAGCGACAGCGCUCAGACGACCCUCGUCCAGAACCCCUCAACAUCACCACGGCCAACAGCGCAGCAGCAGCACCAGCCUACAUAUCCCAGCCGUUGACACCAGGCGGCUCCAUUGGCCGCUACGAGCCUCUGCGACGACCAAACACGUCGAGUGACCGCCAGCCUCGACCCAACGAUGAAGAGGACGAGAAGGUGAACAAUGAGACGGUAGCAACGCUGCAGACGGGCGAGGUGUACAGUGGACACGAUGCUUUGAACCUGCUAUUCGAGGCCGCGGGCAUGAAUGGCCACGUCAGGACGGGCAGCACCUCGAGCAUGCAGCGCCCGACCCUAGGCAGCACACCCGGCUCGCAGACCAACUUCGCCAGUCCCCAGCUGAACGCGACACACGUACGAAGCGCUUCGCGCACUGCAGCUGAGCCGUCGGUCGAUCCAGCGAUUCAGCAGCCCAUGAUACCAGACCCGCCAAACGAGGCAGCCUUCGCUGAUGCCGUCAGGGCCUGGUCCAAGUUCCGCUUUGUGCGCGCAGGAUGGCUGACUGCCAAAGAGGCCAUUGCCUAUAUCGACUAUUUCUACGCCUUCCUGUCUCCCCUGACGCCAAUCGUUGUGCCAGACUACCGCGACCAUGCAUUCCACGCGAAGCUAUUGAAGGAGGAGCCAAUGCUGGUGAUAACAUUGCUUACCAUCUCCGCCAGGUAUUCGCAGCCCAGCGGAUCAAGUGGCAUCGGUGCGACAUCCCGUGCCUACCUGAUCCACGAGAAGCUAUGGAAGUAUCUCCAGGGGAUGAUAGAGCGCAUGAUAUUCGGACAAGAGCAAUUUGGCGGAGGCUUCUGUGGUGCGGGGCAGCAGCCAGGAUCCGACGUCAAUCCACUUUCUCGCAAAGGUUUGCGCACGCUCGGUACCGUCGAGAGUCUCAUGUUGCUCACUGAGUGGCAUCCACGUGCGCUGCACUUUCCGCCUGGCGACGAUGACGACGAACUGGUUCUGCCUGACGACCCAUAUGAGACCGGACCAAAGGCCGACAUGUACAAGGGUGUAGGCGACAAGCGCAUCGAUAGCUGGCUGGAGCCGUGUUGGCGAAGCGAUCGCAUGUGCUGGAUGCUGCUUGGAAACGCAAUGACGCUUGCCUUUGAAAUCGGUGUCUUCGAUGAGACGAGCGAGACUGAAUUUGAAGAAGCCAACCAACACCUUUCCCAUGCCACCGUCAAGGCGUACUACCGACGAAAGAACCACCUAAGAGAUCUUCUCAUCAUCUACGUCACGCAAACAAGCGGUAGACUUGGACUGACAUCCAUGCUGCCCAAGAUUGAACGCGACGAGAGCGUUCUUGGAGGGCCCACGCCUCUGGAGCUAUACCAAGAGCGAAUCAGCCGCAUCAAGGCCCCUCCGCCACAGUUUGGCAUGCGCUCAGAUGGACAGCGCCUACCCCUCGAGUCUAUUGCCACGCAAGAGCGGCAUGCUGUGCAGGAUCUGGUGCUAGACUUUUGGCAACGCAUUGCCAAGGUCAUGGAGAUAGGUAACCUGAAGUUGUUCUCGAAUCGGCGGAAGACGAGGGAGUUGCUGAAGAGUGGGACCUAUGAGGCCAUGUUGAAGUCCUUCCAAGGGCCGUUGACCGAGUGGAAGGCUUGCUUUGAGCGCGCUCCGCAAGUCCCAACACAACUUCGCCACGUGCUUAUCAUCGAAUUCGAAUACACACGCGUAUACCUCAACAGCCUCGCCCUCCAGGCCGUCGUAGAACGCUGCACACACAACACGCCGCUGCAGACACAUGCCCAACCUAACGGCCUCAACGGGCGCGCCGCCAACGGAAACGACGACGGUGGUGCCAUUCCCUUUAGCACGCUGGUAAAGUGGUAUGCCAACGACAGACACUACAUCAACGAGGUCAUCGACGCAUCGCGCACUGUUCUAAAAGUAGCCGUCGACGGUCUCCACCCUGGCGGGUAUCUACGACAUGCGCCUGUACGGACCUUCUUCCGAAUCGUCUCCGUCGCCAUCAUUCUCUUGAAAACGUUUGCGCUGGGUGCAACGGAGGAAGAUGUAGCCGUCAGCCUAGGUCUGCUGAGCGAUUCCGUCGAUGCCCUACGAACCAGUAUCGUCGACGACGUGCACGUCGGCAACCGGUUCGCAGAUCUCGUUGAAACGCUUACACAUCGGAUUCGCAGCCGCUUCGUGCGUCUCGCCGCCAACGGGUCAUCCGGUAUCUCACGCGCGGGUAGUAGGAGUCCGAUCCCCGCGCCUCAUAUGCCUCCUCCCGCGCCCCUAGGUCAGGCAAGCGCGCACCUAGCCCCACCGUUCAUGGGCGCUGGCGCCCCGUUCCAAGGUACGGGCAACAGUGUGCCUGGGAGCCCUAGUCUAGGCCUCACAACAAGCGGGCGCGCCACUCCGCUUUGGGGCAUAUCGGCAGAACCAUACGAUCCGAAUUCAAACAGCAUCUCCAUCAUGCCGCCGCCGGGCAAUUACGCCAACUUCCCCACUGGUAAUAAUUCUACUUCGAACAGCAAUAACGGUACCAAUUGGAGUCAAUGGGCAAAUAGCGGUGCUACCUGGGGCGCAGGCCAAGAUCAAGAUUGGCUUGCCUUGCCGUUAGAUCCGCUGCUUGAUCAGUGGGGUGCGGAAAUCAAUCAAACGGCCAUGGGGCCGGAUAUUGGCGGGAUGGACAUGUUGGAUAUCUUACUGAAUAUGGGUGGACCGCCGGGAAACACGUCGUAAUGAAACGGGGGGAAAAGUUCUUGUUAGUCUGGAUGUGAAGUUGAAUUUUCGAUACCCAGUCACCUUGGCUUCGGCUUGACUUUGUUGAUAUAUGACGCUUGGUUAGUAUGCAUUGCGAAAGGGAAAAAAGUACGGCGUUGCUUUUGC